AUGAACUUUAGGCCUACCUCGGACCCUAUACGUUUCUUCUUUGCUUUUUUUAACAAGAACGCAGCUUGCCUUCCGGAGACCUGCUGCCGAGAGGGUAUUGCAGAUACGUCUACCGAGAUAGUGCCUGCUAUCGGAAAUAGAGAGGGUGAAACUUCAUCAGUAAUUGCUUUGAUUCCACUAAAGCUAGUUGAUGUGGUUGAUGUGCUUGCAAUUGCUCCGCUAGAGGUGGUUGGUGGUGCAGUGCUAGAAGUGCUUGUUGUUGUAAUUGCCUCGCUACUGAUCGUCCGUGAAGUGCUUGUUGUCGUAGCUGUUCGGGUUGUCUCAUUAAAUGUCGUUCUUGGUGGAGUAUUUGAUGUUUCUGUUGCUCCGCUAGAGCUGGCCGCCCGUUGUGCAGUGCUAGAAGUGCUUGUUGUUGAAGCUGUUCGCUUCGUCUCACUACUAGAAAUCAAUGGUGUAGUGCUCGAUGUUCUUGCUGUAGUUCCACUAGAGCUGGUUGGUGGUGCAGUGCCAGAAGUGCCUCUUGUUGUAACUGCCUCACUACUAGCUGCCCAUGGUGCAGUGUUAGAAGCGCUUGUUGUUGUAGCUGUUCGCGUUGUCCCACUAAUUGUCGUCCUUGAUGGAGUUGAUGUGCUUGCUGUUGCUCCGCUAGAGCUGGUUGCCCCUUGUGCAGUGCUAGAAGUACUUGUUGUUGUAACUGACUCGCUACUGGUUGUUGGUGGUGCAGUGCUUGACGUGCCUGUUAUUUUGCUUGAGCUGGUUCGUGGUGAAGUGCUGGAAGUGCUUGCCGUUGAAGCUGUUUGCUUUGUCUCACUACUAGAUGUUAGUGGUGCAGUGAUUGAUGUUGCGGCUUUGGUUCUACUGGAGUUAGUUGGUGCUGCAGUGCUGAAUGCGCCUGUUGUUGUAGCUGCCUCGCUACUGGCUGCCCGUGAUGCAGUGCUAGAAGUGCUUGCUGUUGAAGCUGCUCGCGUUGUCGCACUACUAGAUGUCCCUGGUGCAAUAUUUGAUGUGCUUGUUGUGAUUCUGCUAGAGCUAGUUGGUAGUGCAUUGCUAGAAGUGCUUGAUAUUGAGGCUGUUUGCGUUAUCUCGCUACUUGUCGUCCCUGGUGGAGUGUUUGAUGCGCUUGCUGUGCUGCUAGAUAUGAGUUGUGCAGUGCUAGAAGUGCUUGAUGUUGAGGCUGCCUCGCUACUGGCUGCCCGUUGUGCAGUGCUAGAAGUGCUUGCUGUUGAAGCUGUUCGCGUUGUCUCACUACUAGAUGUCACUUGUGCAGUGCUUGAUGUUCUUGCUGUGGUUCUACUGGAGCUAGUUGGUGCUGCAGUGCUAAAUGGUCCUGUUGUUGUAGCUGCCUCGCUACUGGCUGCCCGUGAUGCAGUGCUAGAAGUGCUUGCUGUUGAAGCUGCUCGCGUUGUUGUCGCACUACUAGAUGUCACUGGUGCAAUAUUUGAUGUGCUUGUUGUGGUUCUGCUAGAGCUGGUUGGUAGUGCAUUGCUAGAAGUGCUUGAUAUUGAGGCUGUUCGCUUCUUCUCGCUACUUGUCGUCCCUGGUGGAGUGUUUGAUGUGCUUGCUGUGCUGCUAGAUAUGAGUUGUGCAGUGCUAGAAGUGCUUGAUGUUGAGGCUGCCUCGCUACUGGCUGCCCGUUGUGCAGUGCUAGAAGUGCUUGCUGUUGAAGCUGUUCGCGUUGUCUCACUACUAGAUGUCACUGGUGCAGUGCUUGAUGUUCUUGCUGUGGUUCUACUGGAGCUAGUUGGUGCUGCAGUGCUAAAUGGGCCUGUUGUUGUAGCUGCCUCGCUACUGGCUGCCCGUGAUGCAGUGCUAGAAGUGCUUGCUGUUGAAGCUGCUCGCGUUGUCGCACUACUAGAUGUCCCUGGUGCAAUAUUUGAUGUGCUUGUUGUGAUUCUGCUAGAGCUAGUUGGUAGUGCAUUGCUAGAAGUGCUUGAUAUUGAGGCUGUUUGCGUUAUCUCGCUACUUGUCGUCCCUGGUGGAGUGUUUGAUGCGCUUGCUGUGCUGCUAGAUAUGAGUUGUGCAGUGCUAGAAGUGCUUGAUGUUGAGGCUGCCUCGCUACUGGCUGCCCGUUGUGCAGUGCUAGAAGUGCUUGCUGUUGAAGCUGUUCGCGUUGUCUCACUACUAGAUGUCACUGGUGCAGUGCUUGAUGUUCUUGCUGUAGUUCUACUAGAGCUAGUUGGUGGUGCAGUGCUAGAAGUGCUUGUUAUCGAAGCUGUUCGCCUUGUCUCACUACUAGAUGUCCCUGGUGCAAUAUUUGAUGUGCUUGCUGUUGCUCCGCUAGAGCUGGUUGCCCGUUGUGCAGUGCUAGAAGUGCUUGCUGUUGAAGCUGUUUGCGUUGUCUCGCUACUUGUCACCCCUGGUGCAGUGUUUGAUGUUGUUGUUGUUCCACUAGAGCUGGCUGCUUGCGUUGUCUCGCUACGUGUCGUCUCUUGUGGAGUGUUUGAUGUGCUUGCUGUUGCUCCGCUAGAGCUGGUUGCUCGUUGUGCAGUGCUAGAAGUGCUUGAUGUUGAGGCUGUUCGCUUCGUCUCGCUACUUGUCGUCCCUGGUGGAGUGUUUGAUGUGCUUGCUGUUGCUCCGCUAGAGCUGGUUGGUAGUGCAGUGCUAGAAGUGCUUGAUGUUGAGGCUGUUCGCGUUGUCUCGCUACUUGUCGUCCCUGGUGGAGUGUUUGAUGUGCUUGCUGUGCUGCUAGAUAUGAGU